GUUCGUAUGUCUUAUGUCAUUCAUUACCUUAAUUUAUUAUUAUUCCUGUGAUUCUAUUUCUGAAUAAAAACAUUUCAUAAAGAAAUUAACAUAACAAAAGCACGAAUUGGGAGUCCAAUGUAUUACACCAACAUUGCAGAGGAAGUGCUGUAAAAUGUCUUUAAAAUACGUGUUGUCUUUUAUUCUUUUAUUGACUCACAACAUAAUACUGCAUUGUGCAUCAGCUGCGGUCCACAGCCACAGCGUGGACAAUCUGGAGCGAGAGUCUGAUGGCAGUUUCCGUGCGAGGGAUUAUGAUCACUACAGUGACGCUGGACACAACUCUGAGUUCGAUCAUGAGGCCAUAUUAGGCAGUGUGAAAGAAGCGGAGGAAUUUGACAAACUGAAGCCUGAAGAGUCUCGGCGGAGGCUUGGGCUGCUGCUGACAAAGAUGGACCUGAAUGCUGACCAGUUCAUCGAUCGGAAAGAACUGAAAAGUUGGAUAUUGAAGUCGUUCAUAAACUUGUCUAAAGAGGAAGCGGAGGAGCGGAUGGCGGAGGUGGACGACAACCGAGACGGGCUGGUCACGUGGGCGGAGUACCUGCAGGACGCGUUCGGUGUGGACGCCGAAGAGGAGAUCAGCCCCGAGGACACCGGGGACACGGGCAUGGUAGGGUUACUACGCGAGGAGAAAGCUAUGUGGACCAUGGCGGACGCCAACGGAGACGGCGCUCUGCAAUUCAACGAAUUUAAGGUGUUCACUAAUCCGGAGGAGCACGAGGUGAUGUUCCCGUUCCUGGUGAACCAGACGCUGCGCGAGAAGGACACCAACAAGGACGGGCGUAUCGACUUCAAUGAAUAUCUCGGCGAGAGGGGAUCGAACGAGGAUAAGGCGUGGAUCAUAUCGGAGAAGGACAAGUUCGAACACGACCUGGACGUGAAUGGUGACGGUAGCCUGGACCUCGCCGAGAUAAAACAGUGGGUCGUGCCAGACAACGAUGAAAUAGCAGAAGAGGAAGUGGACCACCUGUUCGCGACGGCGGACGACGAUCACGACGAGCUGCUGUCGUUCGACGAGAUCCUUCGCCAUCACGAUGUGUUCGUGGGCAGCGAGGCCACCGACUACGGUGGCGAUCUCUACGGUGAACACUUUGGGGACGAACUUUGAACUCUCCAGGUGAAACCAAUGACAAAAUUAAUUUAAAAAAUUCAUAAUAAGGGGCCAUCCAAAAAUAAGGGGGGUCAAGAAAUAGUGACAUUACGUGACAAGGCGGUAGGAGGUGUUCUACAUUUUGUGAUGUACUAAUGUAUUUAAUUAAAAAUAUAAUUUGAAUUAGCAACGAAGAGUUCCAAUUUCAAAAUGACGACGAAUUUCAAAUGACGUCACGUUAGCAUGCGUUCUCACAAAUGUGACUUACUGUGACAAGGAUAGCGUUAAAAAAAUAUACACGAAACGUACGUAACUUAUGAAUGGUCCCUUAUAUUAAGAAGAAAAGGCCCUGACCAAUCGGGUAAUAACGGAAGAGAUUCAAGGCCAGUAGCCCCCGAAGAAAUUAACCAGAGCUAUGGGGGUAUUCUCCGAAGUGCACAUAAUCCUCCAUCGAGAAUAAAGAGCAUCCCAUUAGAUUCUACUCACCAGACUGCCUCGCACGUAAUACCUCUAACGUUAGCGUUACCACUCCCCCACACCUAAAAACUUAGUUACCUGUGCCAUUUGAACUUAAAGUUUUGAUGAGAGAUUUAUGCAACCGUACAGAUUAUAAAUAAACUUUUUAAUUAAAAGUAUCGAAUGUAUUUAUUUUAGCUAUUGAACUGUUUCUUUCUUUAAAAUUAAUUUCUUCAUUGAAUAGAAAGUAAAAGCUUUUUAUAUUUCUUAAUAGUUAAAGGCACUUUUGUACUUGUUUGUAAACGCAAUAACUGUUUUUGGGUCUAUAACUAUAGAUUUCUUUAGAGGGGUUCACAAUUAAUUGAAAACCGGUAUUAAUAUAUUUGUUUGUUAAUUUAGAUUUUAUGAAGCCAGUUAAUAUUUAGGGAAAUCUAUACAACUUGAUACAAAUAUAACGUUCCUCUUGCUACAACUGUAUUAACCUUCCCUGCAAGAUAAAUUGGACAAAGAUUCGGCAAUAAAUAAAUUCUGUUAAAGUUUACCAGUGUUUAGCUAAUAUCCAUAUAUAUAAUAGGUAGGUAUGUAUGUCUAUAACUAAAUGCUGUUGAAAUAGAAACAUUGUUCAGUCCAUAGUAUACAUAAAUUUUUAUAACCCCAAAAGUAUAUAUAACAUGUAGUUUAUAAGGCGGUGACUCACACUAUUUGUAUUAUGGUAACAUUGAAUGUAAGUGUGUAAAAUAAUUGUAAUAAAUGUGUAAUAAUUGUAAAGUAAUUAGUCAAAUUACAACUAAUUAAUUCAGGAAUGUUUUAGGAUAAAUUUAGAAACACGUUGAUCUUUCCGGUGACAGUAUUUAGGUUUAAAGAAUAUAAACAUAUAUAUAAAUAUCUAAAUAUAAACAAGCACUAAGCACCCCUUGUAUAAUGACAUAUUUUCUGAAUAUGUGUGUCAACACCCGUCAAAUUUAACUUACGUUUUUGAAUAGCUAAUUUGAAUGAAAAUUGAACUACACAGAUAGGUAUAUCCUAGAUUAACAUACAAGCUACUUUUUACCUAGUACACGUUAAAUGUUGUUGAUAAAUAAUAAUUAUAUUUUAUCAUAACAGAAUCUAUUGAAUAGUACUUACUAGGUCAUAUCGAGAAGACAUAAUAAUAAUUAUAUUAAAUUGCUCUUUUCAUAACCUCAAAAUUAUAUAAUUUAUGUACAUAAACGUCAAUAUUAAAAUUAAAUCAACUAAACUUUUCUAUAAGUUAGUUACUUAAAAAUGUAAUUGUAUUAUUAUUAUUAUUAUUAUAUUCAGUUAUUAAUAAUUAUUAAUAAUUAAUAUAUACAAUAUUAAUUCUAAAUUAUACAGUAAAAAACACUUAUUGUUUUAUACAGAUAAUUAACUGUUUAUUUUAUUUCAUUAUAUAUAAAUAAUAGAACAGGCGGCCUAUUUUUAUUGUAACUAUCAGGGGAUAACAUCAAAUGUAUAGGCAUUAAUCAAUUUAUCAAUUUAGGAAGCUAUUAGAUGUAGGAAGCAUUAUAAAAUUUACAAUGUGAAGUAAUAAAGCAUAAGAAUAAUUUAAUAUUUCAUUUUUAUUACAUAUUUAAAUUUGAAAAUGCAAAUAAUGUUCAAUAAUUCGUGAAAUCAUGUAAUGUCAAAAUAUAUUCCCAAGUGACAAAACUGAAUACAGAUUUUAGUUGUGUUGCAAGUGACUCGAGCAAAACCAAUGUUUAUAAUGUUUUCGCAAUAUGUUAUUUUGUUCCAGCGCAAAUUUUGUUAUAUUAGGCAUAUAAUUUUCUGAUUAUUUACUUACAUAUAAAGGUUCUUAGAUAUAUUAUUAUUGCUGUGUCUAUGCAUCUUAGUGGUAUUGAAUUUAUAAGAAUAAUUAAUGCCUGAAGAUAAACUUUGAUUGAGCCUGUCUUGGUCACUACACCUGUGAAUGUAACAGCCUAUUUAGAGCCAAUUUAUACUAGAUGAUUUUUAGAAAUAGGUAGAAUAAAUGCGAUUCGAUUGAUAUUAAAAAAAUAUGUCAAUAUAUUUUUUAUUAUAUUAUGAAAAAUGAUUUAUUAUUAAUUUGAAAUCUAGAGUAUAUAUAUAUAUAGCGUUAUACCCUAUUUUUCUCCAAUGGUCAACCAGUAAAUUCGUAUGCGGUCAAUUACGUAUAUUUAUUUGAUUUACUACUGUACAUAAUGUACUUUUAGUUUAAGUGCCAUACGUUUCUGUAUAGUUAUAUAUAUAUAUAUAUACUUACAGUGACCAAAAUAUGAGUAUCAAUGUGUGUGUUGUUCGUGAC